CUCUUCGCCAUCGACCCCGAUACCGGCGCCGUCACCACGGCCGCUCCGCUGGACCGCGAGAGCAAAAGCAGCCACGUGUUCCGCGUGACCGCGGUGGAUCACGGCACGCCGCGGCGCAGCGCCAUGGCCACGCUGACGGUGACGGUGAGCGACGCCAACGACCACGACCCGGCCUUCGAGCAGCACGAGUACCGGGAGAGCGUGCGGGAGAACCUGGAGGUCGGCUACGAGGUGCUGACGGUGCGCGCCACCGACGGCGACGCCGGCCCCAACGCCAACGUGCUGUACCGGCUGCUGAACGCCGGCGGUGCCAACGAGGUGUUCGAGAUCGAUCCGCGCUCCGGCGUCAUCCGCACCCGCGGCCCCGUGGACCGGGAAGCCGUGGAGGCGUUCGAGCUGUUGGUGGAAGCCGCGGAUCAGGGCCAGGAGCCGGGACCCCGCAGCGCCACCGCCACGGUGCGCAUCGCGGUGGAGGACGACAACGACAACUCGCCGCAGUUCAGCGAGAAGCGCUACGUGGUGCAGGUCCCCGAGGACGUGCUGCCCAACACGGCCGUGCUGAGGGUGACGGCCACCGACCGUGACAAGGGCAGCAAUGCUGUGGUGCACUACAGCAUCGUCAGCGGCAACACGCGCGGCCACUUCUACAUCGACGCGCAGACGGGCGCUCUGGACGUUGUCACCCCGCUGGACUACGAGGCCAGCAAGGAAUUCACGCUGCGCAUCCGUGCGCAGGACGGCGGGCGGCCGCCGCUCUCCAACAUCAGCGGUUUGGUCACCGUGCAGGUGUUGGAUGUCAAUGACAACGCGCCCAUCUUUGUCAGCACUCCCUUCCAGGCCACCGUGCUGGAGAACGUGCCCGUGGGCUAUUCUGUCAUCCACGUGCAAGCCAUCGAUGCCGACUCAGGGGACAACGCCCGCCUGGCUUACAGCCUCCUGGAGACCGGCGCCGGCUUCCCCUUCGCCAUCAACAACAGCACCGGGUGGAUCGUGGUGGCCUCCGAGCUGGACCGGGAGGCGGUGGACUUCUACAGCUUCGGGGUGGAGGCGCAGGAUCAGGGCAGCCCCCCCAUGGCGUCCUCGGCCAGCGUCAGCGUCACCGUCCUGGAUGUCAACGAUAACAGCCCCGAGUUCACGCAGCGCGAAUACAGCGCCCGCCUCAACGAGGACGCGGCAGUGGGCACCAGCGUGCUGACCGUCUCCGCCGUCGACCGCGACGCCAACAGCGUCAUCACCUACCAGAUCUCCAGCGGCAACACCCGCAACCGCUUCUCCAUCACCAGCCAGAGCGGCGGGGGGCUCCUCUCGCUCGCCCUGCCGCUGGACUACAAGCUGGAGCGGCACUACCUGCUCACCGUCGCCGCCUCCGAUGGCACGCGCCAGGACACGGCCCAGGUGGUGGUCAACGUCACCGACGCCAACACGCACCGCCCCGUUUUCCAGAGCUCCCACUACACCGUCAAUGUCAACGAGGACCGCCCGGUGGGCACCACGGUGGUGGUCAUCAGUGCCACAGAUGAGGACACGGGGGAGAACGCCCGCAUCACCUACCUGAUGGAGGACAGCAUCCCGCAGUUCCGCAUCGCGCCCGACACGGGGGCCGUCACCACGCAGAUGGAGCUGGACUACGAGGACCAGGUGUCCUACACGCUGGCCAUCACAGCCCGUGACAACGGCAUCCCACAGAAGUCCGACACCACCUACCUGGAGAUCCUGGUGAGCGACGUCAACGACAACGCACCCCAAUUCCUCCGCGACUCCUACCAGGGCUCCGUCUACGAGGACGUCCCCGCCUUCACCAGCGUCCUCCAGGUCUCGGCCACCGACCGUGACUCGGGGCUCAACGGAAGGGUCUUCUACACCUUCCAGGGUGGUGACGAUGGUGACGGCGACUUCAUCAUUGAGUCCACCUCGGGCAUCGUGCGCACUUUGCGCCGCCUGGAUCGGGAGAAUGUGCCACUCUAUGCCCUGCGGGCGUACGCUGUCGACAAGGGCGUGCCAGCCAGAAGGACGCCGGUGGAGAUCCAGGUGACGGUGCUGGAUGUCAACGACAACCCUCCAGUCUUUGAGCGCGAUGAGUUUGACAUCUUCGUGGAGGAGAACAGCCCCAUCGGGCUGGUGGUGGCCCGCAUCACCGCCACUGACCCCGACGAGGGCCCCAACGCGCAGAUCAUGUACCAGAUCGUGGAGGGCAACAUCCCCGAGGUCUUCCAGCUGGACAUCUUCUCCGGGGAGCUCACCGCCUUGGCCGACCUGGACUACGAGGCCAAAGCAGAGUACGUCAUGGUGGUGCAGGCCACCUCGGCCCCGCUGGUGAGCCGUGCCACCGUCCACGUGCGCCUGCGCGACGCCAACGACAACAGCCCCCAGCUGAGGAACUUUGAGAUCGUCUUCAACAAUUACAUCACCAACCGUUCAGGCAGUUUCCCCGGCGGGGUCAUCGGACGCAUCCCAGCCCGAGACCCCGACGUCUCUGACAGCCUCACCUACUCCUUCGAGCAAGGCAAUGAGCUCAACCUGGUGCUGCUGGACCCGCACACCGGGGACCUGCGCCUCAGCCCGGCGCUGGACAACAACCGCCCGCUGGAGGCCAUCAUGAGGGUCUCGGUGUCAGACGGAGUCCACAGCGCCACGGCGCAGUGCACGCUGCGGGUGACGGUGAUCACGGAUGAGAUGCUGAGCAACAGCAUCACGCUGCGCCUGGCCGACAUGUCCCAGGAGCGCUUCCUCUCUCCCCUGCUCAGCCUCUUCCUGGAGGGGGUGGCGGCGGUGCUGGGCCCCCGGCACCGCGUGGUCCUCUUCAACAUCCAGACAGACACGGACGUGGCGGCCGCGCGCAUCCUCAACGUCAGCCUGUCGGUGCGGCUGCCGGCCUCGGCGCGCGGCGCCCGCUUCUUCUCCUCGGAGGAGCUGCAGGAGCGGCUCUACCUGAACCGCUCGCUGCUGGCCGCCAUCUCCGCACAGCGCGUGCUGCCCUUCGACGACAACAUCUGCCUGCGUGAGCCCUGCGAGAACUACAUGCGCUGCGUCUCCGUCCUCAAGUUCGACAGCUCCGCUCCCUUCCUGGCCUCUGACACCGUCCUCUUUCGGCCCAUCCAUCCCGUCACCGGCCUGCGCUGCCGCUGCCCGCCCGGCUUCACCGGUGACUACUGCGAGACGGAGGUGGACCUCUGCUUCUCCAGCCCCUGCGGCAGCAAUGGCCGCUGCCGGAGCCACGAGGGUGGCUACACCUGCGAGUGCCACGAGGACUUCACUGGGGAGCACUGCGAGCUCAGCACCCGCCGUGGCCGCUGUGCACCGGGGGUCUGCCGCAAUGGGGGCACCUGCGUCAACCUGCUGGUCGGGGGGUUCCGCUGCGAGUGCCCCCCCGGGCACUACGAGAAGCCUUUCUGCGCCAUGAGCACCCGCAGCUUCCCCCCGCGAUCCUUCAUCACCUUCCGGGGCCUCCGNNGGAGGAUGAGAAGAGGUGUAGUGGAGGUUUGGGGACAGCAGAAGAGGACGGAGAGGAACGGGAAUAAUGGUAUGGGGAUGAGGAAGAGAACGGAGGGGUUUGGGGAUGUGGAUUUGAGGAUGAGGAAGAAGACGGAGGGAAGAGGAAGGGCUGCGGCCCUGCUGGGAGGAGGUCGAUGGGGGCACAGAGGCUGCCGGGGAGGAGGCAGAGCCAUCAGCAGGGCUCAUCGGUGCCCACAGCCCGUGCUGGGCAAGUCAGGGCUGCCGCAGGGCCCCUCGGAGCAGAAGGUGGCGGUGGUGGCGGUGGACGACUGCGACGUGGGCAUGGCGCUGAAGUUCGGCCCCGUGUUGGGCAAUUAUUCGUGUGCGGCGCAGGGCACCCAGUCCGGCUCCAAGAAGUCGCUGGAUCUGACGGGGCCGCUGCUGCUGGGCGGUGUGCCCACCCUGCCCGAGAGCUUCCCCAUCCGCAGCCGUCACUUCGUGGGCUGCAUGCGGCACCUGCGCGUGGACGAGCGUCCCGUGGACAUGGCUGCCUUCAUCGCCAACAACGGCACCGUGCCAGGCUGCCCUGCCAAGAAGACGGUGUGUGACACCGGCACGUGCCACAACGGGGGCACCUGCGUGCAUGAAUGGGACGGCUUCAGCUGCCGCUGCCCGCUGGGCUUCGGGGGCAAGACGUGCCAGGAAGAGAUGGCGAAUCCACAGCGGUUCCUGGGCAGCAGCCUGGUGGUGUGGAACGGGCUGGCGCUGCCGCUGCCGCUGCCCUGGCACCUGGGGCUGAUGUUCCGCACGCGCCAACCCCACGGGCUGCUGCUGAGUGCCUCCACCGGGCCCGUGGCCACGUUCACACUGCAGGUGGGGCGGGGGCUGCAGGGGGCUGGGUGUGGGGUCGUUGCCCUGUGGGACGCUGCCCUGGGGGCUGCGGACAUGGGGAUCACGGGGGCCCAUGGGUAUGGGGGG